AUGCUUCGACCUUUGCGCCCGGCCCUGCAAGAGAAAGCAAUUAGAGAGGUAUUUGAAAAGCCUGAGAGAAUAAAUUCUGAUAUCAAAAUGCUGAGGGAAUGGCUCGAAAAGCAGCCGCAUUUACAAGCAGUUAAUCCUUAUUACUGGAAGGCAAAGGUUGAGAGUUAUAGAGAUUGGUUUCUUAACGAAGAGGAAUGUUCGGAUGAGUCUUUAAGACCAGGAAAACCUAGAUCUUCUUCGAGUCUUUUUGGUGUAGAUGGUUCCUUUAGGCAACUAGAUGUAGACUAG